AUGUACAAUCGGUCACAAUCUUCGUCUCAAAGACAAAACAGCGAUCCGUCCGUCGAUUUGAUGAAUACGAGUACCGCUGAAGAGGACGACGACGAAGAAGAUCUCGAUUUCUAUAAGAAUGGUUCAGAUAUGGAUCAAUUAGAAAGAGCCAAACUGAUAUCGUGUGUGGAAGAGAUGGAGAAUGUGGUCGGAGAGACAAUACCUCAGAGUUUACUCAUAAGAGCGGCAAAGAUUCAUAAUUAUGACAUCAAAUUGGCAUUGGAUUCAGUUCUUAACGUUCACACUAAUAGUUUGCAGAGUCAGACAAAUGGGGCCAUCAAUUCAGCCAUCAAUACAGGUAAGCGAUUGGAAAGUGUGAGCGAAAGGCAAUCAAUGAAUUCGGUCGCAAAUAAUAGCGACUUUAAGCAAAUAUAUAGCACUGAAAAGUCAAAGAGUAGUUCUCCUCUAUUUGUAAAAAUACGUGACUCAUGUGAUGCAGAAGUGGCCAAAAUUAAUAAAACAUUGGGACAAUUGACUGUUAAUAAAAGUGAACCCAAUCUUAAAGCACUUUCGAGUCCUGUUCGCAAAGAUUUAGACAAAUCGCGAUUAGACAGCAAUUAUCAUCAGUACUCGAGUCCAAACUCUCCCAUCUCUAGCAGAACCGGAUCCAGAAUGUCGUCACCGAAUCACGAGAGGGCCUCCGAAAGCAAGGCAUCAAAACCCCUACAAACGAAGGCAUUGACUCCGGAGGUAGCGUUGAGUGAAUACAAUAAGAAUCGAAAUACAGGGAAACCGAAUAUCAAUAUGGUUGUGAUCGGACACGUGGACGCCGGCAAAAGCACUCUUAUGGGACAUCUGUUAUAUCGUUUGGGUUUUGUCUCACAAAAAGCGAUUCAUAGAUACGAAACUGAUUCGAAAAAAAUGGGCAAAAAUUCGUUUCUUUACGCCUGGGUUUUGGAUGAGACACAAGAAGAGAGGAGUCGCGGCAUUACUAUGGAUAUCGCAGAGUCUCGCUUUGAAACCAAAGAGCGUGCCAGACCCGUUUGCGUUGAACUCCAUAAGGACUAUAAAGAUUUGGGACGUUUUAUGAUUAGGACAUCCGGAGUGACCAUUGCUGCCGGUGUUAUCACUAAAAUUUUGUGA